AUGUUCACGUCCCUGAUCCUCGUCCUCCUCUUUUUCCGAUUCGCCACCGUCGCCGCCGCUGUCGUCGCUCCUGUCCCUGGCCAAUCCCGCGACCGCGCUGCGCUCCUCGCCUUUCGCGCCAGCAUCUCCGACGGUGGCCAAAUCGAUGACUGGGGCUCCCCAGACGUCUGCGGUUGGACCGGCGUCACCUGCCACCUGACUAAGCGCCGUGUCUUGCAGCUCGUCCUCACCGGCCAAGGGCUCCGUGGCGCGAUCACCCCCGCUGUCGCCAACCUCUCCUUCCUCGCCGUGCUCGACCUCUCCAACAACUUCCUCACCGGAGGCAUCCCCGCGGAGCUCGGCGCCCUCUCGCGGCUCAAGCAGCUCAGCCUCGCAAAUAACCUCCUUUCAGGGCCCGUCCCCACAGAGCUCGGCCUCCUCCGCAGACUCGUCUACCUCGACUUGGGUGGGAACCGCCUUUCGGAGCGGAUUCCGGGCACCCUCUUCUGCAACUGCAGCUCACUGCAGUACGUCGAUCUCUCGAACAACUCCCUCGCCGGGGAGAUCCCUUACUCCGCGCAAUGCCGGCUUGCCGACCUGAGGUUUCUCCUACUCUGGUCGAACAACUUGGACGGCCCGAUCCCGCCCGCGCUUUCCAACUCCUCGAUGCUUGAAUGGGUCGACACGGAGUCGAAUUUCCUCUCCGGAGAGCUCCCGUCGGAUAUCUUCGACAAGACGCCGCGGCUUCAGUACCUCUACCUCUCGUACAACAACUUCUCGAGCGGCGCGGGGAACACGAACCUCGAGCCGUUCUUCGCGUCCUUACGGAACUGCACUCAGCUGCAGGAGCUUGAACUCGCGGGGAACGGCCUCGGCGGGGCGAUCCCGCCGUCCGUCGGCGAGCUCUCACCGAACCUUCGCCAGCUCGAUCUGGAAGAGAACUUCAUCUCCGGGCCGAUCCCUGUGAACAUAUCGAACCUCGUCAACCUCACCUACCUGAACCUGUCCAACAACUACUUGAACGGGUCGAUCCCGCCGGAGAUAUCGCGGCUGCGGAAGCUCGAGAGGGUCUACUUGCUGAACAACUUUCUCGCCGGCGAGAUACCGCCGUCCCUCGGCGAAAUCCCCCACUUGGGUCUCGUCGAUUUCUCUGGAAACCAGCUCUCGGCUACGAUACCGGACACUUUCGCGAAUCUCACACAGCUCAGGAGGCUGAUGCUUCACAACAACAUGCUCUCAGGUGCUAUACCCCCGAGUUUAGGGAAUUGCAUGAACCUGGAGAUCUUAGAUCUCUCUCACAAUAGGUUAAGUGGCAUAAUCCCUGCUGAUGUAGCAGCUCUUAGUAGCCUCAAACUGUUUCUCAAUUUGUCUAGCAACUUGCUAGAAGGGCCGAUUCCCCUGGAGCUGAGCAAGAUGGACAUGAUAUUGGCAUUAGAUUUGUCGUCGAACAAUCUCUCGGGCGUGAUUCCUCCGCAGCUCGGAGGCUGCAUCGCGCUCGAGUACCUCAACCUCUCGGGGAAUUCACUUCGAGGCGCUCUCCCGAGCUCGAUAGGUGCUUUACCGUACCUCCGUGUGCUCGACUUGUCGGCGAAUGGAUUGGUGGGAGCCAUUCCGCAGUCUCUACAAGCUUCCGAUUCUCUCCGGCAGCUGAACAUCUCCUACAACAACUUCUCAGGAGUGAUACCAAAUGGAGGAGUUUUCUCCUCCCUCUCCGCGGAUUCCUUUCUCGGGAACUCGGGUUUAUGCAGCUCUAUCGCGGGCGUCGAUUCAUGCGGCUCGACGAGAGUGCGUGUGCGUCGGUCCGCGAUCCUGCCUAUAGUUCUAACCUUAAUCGGCACGCCGUGCGUUCUCUUUCUCUUCCUGUAUCCGGCGGUAGUUAGGCUGCGAGCAAAGUCGACUCGCCUCCUGACCUUUAAGCGGCAGAUACUAGUCGAUUCUGAAGAGAGCAAUAAGGAGAAAGAACACCGAAGGAUCUCGCACCGCGAGCUCGUCGAAGCCACGAGAGGCUUCGCCGACUCGACGCUGAUCGGGGCGGGGCGAUUCGGGCUGGUUUACAAAGGAGUCCUCCGCGACCAAACGAGGGUUGCGGUGAAAGUCUUGGACCCGAAGAAUGGCGCGGAGAUUUCCGGAAGCUUCGAGCGAGAAUGCCAGGUCCUAAAGAGGACCAGGCACAGGAACUUGAUCAGGGUGAUAACAACAUGUAGCCGACCGGAUUUUAAGGCGCUCGUGCUUCCACUGAUGCCGAAGGGGAGCCUCGAGAGCUACCUCUAUCCGUCGGAAGGGCCGAGCCGCGGCCUACACUUGAAUCAGCUUCUGAACAUCAUAAGUGAUGUAGCCGAGGGGAUGGCCUACUUGCACCACUAUUCUCCUGUUAGGGUUGUGCACUGCGACCUCAAGCCGAGCAACGUUCUCCUCGACGACGACAUGCGCGCGGUCGUCUCCGAUUUCGGGAUCGCGCGCCUCAUGAGAGAGGCAGGAGAUGAGAGCAAUGGUAGCAUCACUCAUGAUCAUUCUACCCCAUACAAUUCUAUCACAGGAUUGUUACAAGGAUCAGUUGGUUACAUUGCACCAGAAUAUGGGUUAGGAGGCAAUCCUUCAAUACAAGGUGAUGUAUACAGCUUUGGGGUUCUGGUACUGGAGCUGAUCACAGGGAAGAGACCAACAAACGUAGUGUUCCAUGAGGGGCUCACGUUGCAUGAGUGGGUGAAGCAUCACUACCCACAUGACAUUGAGUCCAUCAUCUCGCAGGCGCCGCUCCGGCGGUCGCCUUCCUUUGCCGACUCGCUGAGCUACCAGAAGCUCGCGUGGGACGUCAUGUUCGAGCUCGUCGAGCUCGGACUCGUGUGCACGCAGUUCUCGCCUUCGAGGAGGCCGACCAUGGUCGACGUCGCCCACGAGAUCACCCUCCUCAAGGAAGACCUCGCGAAGCACAGCGGCGACGCCAGCGAGUCGUGCUCGACGCCAGAUUCGUCCUUCUGAGAUUAAAAUAAUGCCGAGGCGAUCGCGAAAGAUCUUGUUUUUGAUCAAUUGGUUUUGCUUUGUUGCGCAUCAUCAACUUUUUAAAAUUUUUUUCGAGUUAAUUAUUCUUUAAUGGAGUGCCCACUUUGAGAGAUUCACACAAAAAGUUUGCGAGCCUUCUCAUUGGAGCACAUACCACUCAUCAAAAAAGAAAGAUACAUAUGUAGCU